AACACAGCACUGCUCUCUCCUGAAAAUGAAUGUGGUUUGGAAAUCUCCGCUGUUGCCAUAUCCAAGGCAAUGAUUCAUCCUCCCAGUGGGGUUUUGCCUUGCCUCCGCAUGUUUUGCAAUGCUGCCCGACUUUAUAACAGCGUGGCUGCACGCAGUGAAUCCUUGCUAGUUUCUCAGCUUGCCUGUGAGAGGGAAGGAGCUAAUCCUUCUAAUGAUGAUUUUCCUCUUUCACCACUUGGUCUUGCUGGCCACGGACUUAUUUCUCGCAAUGAUCCUUUCUUGCCUCCUUUAUGCCUUUGCAUUCAUUUCCAUCACGUUUUUGACCUGCUUCAUUAUCUUCUGGUCCUUCAGAGUCGUGGAGAAGAACAUUGACAUAAAAGGGAGAGCAAUUGUCAUUCUUGUAUCCAACAGCUCAAUUGGGAGGACGUUUGCUAGGAACUUGGAUAAAGCAGGUUUUAGGGUGUCUGCUGCACACUGGUCUUCUCAAGAGGAGGGAACAACUGCGAAAGAAGAGUGCUCUUCAGGAAUGGAGGUAGCACAGCUCCACAUGACGGAUGACGAGUACCAGAAGACAAUGAAAACCUUCAUAGAAAAUCACUUAUCCCUGAAAGGCACAUAUGGGCUGAUGAAGAAGCCAUCCCUGCUGAUAUGGGAAGAAGAGGAACCAGACACAUGCAGUUUAUCUGAGAGAAGAACCCCUCAUAAAUGGAAGAAGGCUUUCAGGGUUCCAGCUCUCUGCAUCACAGCCCUCUUUCGCCCACUGAACCGUGCCCUGACUUUCCUGAAGAAGAGAGUUUUGCAGCCCCGUAUGCUCCUGAAGUCCAAAAACUGAGAGCAGGAAAGGAAACCCAUGGAGCAACACGUUAAUAUUCUAAUGUCACUAAAAGAAGAUGCUACAGGAAGGAGCGCAGCUGGAACCAAAAAUGAAGGAGAACUUGAAUAGUGAUUUCAGUCACAGGACAAUGAAAAACUAUGGAUGUAGACAGAAAGCAACUCCUGAACUGUGAGACAGAUCUUUAACUCACUUUCAAGUCUAAUGCGUAAGCAAGAGGACACUGAUGUUUGGGGUUAUAUGUUACAGUGCUGGGACACAGACACACACAGAGAAAGAAGAAGAAACAACAUGAGGUAAAAGAAAAUGAAGGAAUAUUUCUCCUAGAAGAAAAAUGCAAGAGCUUAGGCUUCUUUGUCUGAAACCACAACUCAGAACAACCUCACUGAUGAUAAGAGAUGCCAUCCACCCAAGAGCUGGAUCCAGAGAGAAAAGAGAAAGCUUUCAGAACAGCUUCUAUAAGGCAUUAAAUCAACUUGAUAGCCAGCCAGAUUGGAAACAAAUAUUUUCAUUCCAGAACAUCGCAGCACUGGGAGAGAAACACGCUAAAGCAGCAAGUUUCUGAAUGAAAACCCUGUGGUUUUUAGUUUAUAUAUUUGACAAGCAACUCAUUAUACUAAUAACACCAAUACCACAUAUUCUGCAGAAUAUUCCAGGAAAGGCGUCCUUUAGCCAGAACCCAGUCUGAGCUCUCAACUCAGGGUGUCAUUCUAUUCUAUGCAUGUUACCUUGUGCAAUGUCAGUUGACAGCCAUCUUUUUCUCCCCCAAAGUGACACAGAGGACUUGUGUGGGCCACCACCUGCCUAUUGCUUUUCCCCCUCAAAGUGAUCUUCACUCAAAGGCCAACACCUACUUGUGUAUACAGCAUUCUCCACUGUCUGAAUCUAGAGACAUUAUGGGAACAAAGCUCCCAAAAACUCCACUGGAGAUUUUGUUUGCCAGAGGACAUGAGGAUGGUCCAUGUUUGUUUAUAAAGUUUCCCAGUCCACUGAGAGAGAACUACUGCAUGCAGGCAUGAAAUUGUGACUGAGAGGAAAUACCAACACAAGAUAAACUAUAAUAUAAUAUAACUGCACUUAAAAGUUCAUUUAAAACAAAUCUGCUGUAUCAAACUAACACUGAAUUUACAGACUGAGAUUCCUGAAGCUGGCUAAGGGAUCUCAGUGCCUCAUUGCUUUUAAUUUGAGUGGUAAUGAAAGAUUUAAAUUCCUUAAACCAAAUGGAAUGUUUUAGCACUAAUGUGUAUGUUCAUUGUGAAUCUAUGACUGAUGCUCUUUCUUCCUUACUGCCUGUAUUCCUACCAAAAAAGAAACCCAACAGUAAGACAGCAUUCCCCGGUUGAAUACUUGUCAACAUUGUCGUUCUUUCACUAGCAUUUUCUCUCCACUUUUUUCAGGCCCUUUUCUCAAGGUGCUCCUCCUUGAGCAGAGGUCAGCCACACAGCCAGCUCCAGUGAAGGCAGAGCCCAGCCUGCAGGGGAUACUCACCUCCAGACAGUGCCUGGAAGGUGUUUCAAAUAGCCACGGCCUUCCAGAUGAGAAAUGUCCCCAUAUGUGUUUACAGUCUUCUGGAAAAGAAAAACAGGAGGGAAGGAGUAAGAGAAAAGAGAAGACGGGGAAGCAGUGUAAUAAUGAUUAGUAUAAUGGGAUUUGCUAUUCUGGUUAAUAGUUUAAUCAAAAUAAACAUUUACUGAACCCUC